ACAUUUCCAUGGCUUUGGAUUCUGUUACCGCUCGAAUAAUUUGGUAUUGAUAAAUAUACCAAAAUCAACGUUAAGGUGUAAAAUUAUACACCGGCUGCACUGCACGAUAGUGAACUUGGAAAUUUAUCACCACAGCAUUGCGUACUUUCAGGGACCAAAGUACCUCCACACAGAAGUUGUAGUUAACACUCCGAAAAUGGACAACGAUAGAAUAAAAAUUUUAAAGGAUUUUCCAAAGGGACCAUUAGAUGCCUACCGAAAUCAAGCAUCGUUUGAUUGGAAAAAAAUGAGGAUUUAUUUCGACACUGAAGAAGGAAUAAAGUUGAUGGAAGAUCUCUACAACGAUCUAGCAGUAGAACCGAUAUUUCAACCAGAAGUUAUAACCCCAACAUUAGACGAAGUAAGAAAACGUACCAUGCAAAGAAUUAACGCUAUUAAAAGAUACGAUAGGCUUAAAAUGGAUAGUCUAACAAUAACCAACGACACAAAAUAUAUGUAUGCAGGAGAUGUGUUAUUAAACAUCGACACGGCGGUUACUCAAAAAAUCGGCAUUCACACAGCUUUAUGUUCAAUUGCUAUUGUAAAUCAAGGAACAGAAAAACACCAAAAAUAUGUAGAAGAUUAUCAAACCGGAAGGCAUAUUGGAACAUUUUGUUUAACUGAAAUUAGUCAUGGAACAAACACUCGCGGUAUAAGAACCACGGCAACUUAUGAUCCUGAAACGAAAGAAUUUAUUUUACAAACACCAGAUUUUGAAGCUGCAAAGUGUUGGUGUGGUGGACUGGCACAAUGUGCAACUUUAUCAAUAAUCUUCGCUCAAUUAAUAACACCCGAUGGGACCCAACAAGGAAUUCACUGCUUCUUGGUUCCUCUAAGAAAUCCAAACACUUUACAACCUUACUCUGGAGUAACCAUCGGCGAUUUGGGUGAAAAGGCUGGAUUAAACGGAAUAGAUAACGGUUUCGUUAUUUUCGAUAAUUACCGUCUUCCCAAAGAUAGUCUUCUCAAUAAAUAUGCUGAUGUAACCGAUUCUGGGGAAUACGUCUUUUCGGCCAAAGAUCCAACCCAAAUGAUGGCUGCGACACUAAGUAAUUUGGUCGGGAUGAGAUUUGGCGUUGUUAAUGUCGCCAGUAGUUAUCUUAUAAAGGCGAUUUCCAUUGCGAUUCGUUACGGUGCUGUCAGAAAACAGUUCGGACCUGAAGAUGGUCCAGAAAUGUCCGUAAUAGAAUACCAAUUGCAUCAACACCGAUUGAUUCCUCAUCUAGCAACCGCUUUUGCUAUGAAAAUCUUAUCGAAAGUCUUGAACAUCGAAGUCAUGGAAGUAUACAAUGGAAAUAAUCAAAAAGAAAUUGAAUAUGAAUUAAUGAUGGAAAUUCAUGCUUUAUCAACAGCUGCUAAAUCGAUUUCUGGGUGGUGCGCAAGAGAUGCUAUCCAAGAAAGCCGCGAAGCUUGUGCUGGACAUGGUUACCUUAAAGCGUCGGGAAUAUCCGAUUUAAGAAAUGAAAAUGACCCCAAUAUGACCUACGAUGGUGAAAAUCACGUUUUGAUCCAACAAGCUUCAAAUAUUUUAAUCAAACUCUGGCCUAACAUCCAAAAAAGAAUUCCAAUAAUAUCCCCGUUGUAUUCCAUGGAUUUCCUCAAUAAUGGUUUGGAAAUUUUAAAUCGAAAAUGGACCGCAACUUCAAUUAAAAACACCACCAACGUGGACUAUAUAAACGAUGUUUUCAAAUGGGUUAUUGUAUAUUUGAUUAAAGCUACAGCUGAAAGAUUACAAAAUUUAAAAAAUCAAGGGUUAGAUUCCUUUACUGCAAGAAAUGAAAGUCAAAUUUUCUACUCAAGAAGUUUGGGUAUUGCUUACAUUCAACAUUACACUUUAAUACAAAUGAAAAAGAAAGCGUUAGAAGCGCCGGAUGCUUCGAUAACGGACGUUUUGAUUAAAUUAACUUCUUUAUAUGGUCUCUAUAAUUUGGAAAAACACUUUUUAUCGACACUUUAUCAAGGUGGAUUUGUUUCCGGUUCUGAACCUGUUACUUUAAUACAAGAGGGAAUCUUAGAUUUGUGCAAACAACUCAAACGUGAUGCAGUAUCCUUAGUGGAUGUUAUUGCACCGCCCGAUUUCGCUUUGAAGUCUGUUAUUGGACAUUCUGAUGGACAAGUUUAUCGACAUCUAUACAAUAGUUUCAUGAGAUCUCCAGGAAAUAUGUCCAGACCUGUUUGGUGGGAAGAGGUUAUUAAUAGAAAUUAUAUCAAAUCAAAUCUUUAAAUUAAACAAAAACGAUGUAAUAGAAAUUUAAUAAACUUUUUUU